UAUGUUUGAAAUCAUAUUAAUUUAGGGCAAUCAAAAAUAUCUUGAACAGAAUGUCGGUUCUUUCUGCUAUUCUCAAAACACUUUUUGUGAGUUUUGGAAUUGGUGGAAAAAUCAUCAGCAAUGAACGUGAACUAAACUCGGACGCUCAACAACAACCCAGUAAGUGUAGACGAAUCUCAGUUUCGGGAUGAAUGGGCAGAAAAACUACAUAAAAUAAACUUGGAAACUGGCGAAAAAACUGACAUGUGCACUGCUUUAGUAAACGGAUUUGGUGGAAGACCUGCAGGAUGCCAAUCAGAUAAAUUCGACAACAUUUGGAUUGCGGAUUUUAGACUAGGACUUCUCAAGUAUUCACCUGGAAGUAACGAUUGUCAACUGGUGAGCAACAAGGACGAUGAUGGAAACCUUCUUCAUGGCUGUAGCGAUCUUGUUUUCGAUAAAAAUGGUAAUUUAUGGAUCACGGCACCCGGUUCGGAGGUAGCUCCAGCACAAGGGGAAGAAGCACCGACAUUUACGAUAAUUGGCGGAAAUUUAUAUUUCCUUGAACAAGGUCACUCGACUCCAAAAGCGAUGAAUGAAUCAUUCCAAUUUGUGAACGGAAUUGCUAUAAAGGAUGAUUUACUAUUGGUGGCCGAAACAAUGAAGAGGCGCAUUAUAGCAUUUGACAUCGUAUCGAAAGGAGAACUGGCCAAUAGACGAGUUUGGGCUACUUUGCCAAAAGCUGUAUACAAUAAUCCUAUGAAAAUUGGCGGACCGGAUGGAAUUUGAUAAUCGUGGACGACUGCUGGUAACACAUCAUGGAAGCAGUCACAUUGAAGUUUUUUCAGCAACUGGAGUUUUAGAAGCCAGAAUCAAAUGUCCAUUUUCAAAACCCAGUAAUUUGCAAUUCAAACCUGGUAGUCGAACCUUCUACGUUACAGAACAUGAAUUUGAUGGAGUUUGGGAGUACCAGUGGGAAACUGAGGGGAGGCCAAUGAACUAUUUGAAUAAAUAAUAUUAAACGAGUAAUAUUUGUAGCUGUAUGACAGUACUAUGCUCUUAUACAGAAAUAAGAAGAAUUUCAUAUGGUUUUGUGCAUUGAAUUGUGCUUGUGGCGAAUACCUAG